GGGGGAGGAGCUGAGCCACACUCUUAAAAGACCCCUUCCCCUCAAGGAAGCAUGAACAGGAAAGACAGCAAGAGGAAGUCCUACCAGGAAUGCCCGGGGAAGACAGGGGGCCGGGGCCGGCCCCGACAGGCCCGCCGCCGCAAGACGUGCCCCAGCCCCCGGGAAAUCAGCAAGGUCAUGGCUUCCAUGGCUCUGGGUAUGCUGAAUGAGGGCGGCUGCAGCGAAGAUGACCUGCUGGAGAAAUGCAUUCAGUCUUUUGACUCGGCUGGCAGCCUGCGCCGUGGAGACCACAUUCUCAACAUGGUACUUGCCAUGCACAACUGGGUGCUGCCUUCUGCCCACCUUGCUGCCCGUCUGCUGACCUUGUACCAGGAGGCCACAGGGAGCACACAGGAGCUGAGGAGGCUGCAGAUCUGUCACCUGGUCAGGUACUGGCUCACCCAACACCCUGAGACAGUGCAUCAGGAGCCCCAGUUAGAAGAGGUUAUAGGUCGCUUCUGGGCCACUGUGGAACAGGAGGGUAACGCAACCCAGCGGAGCCUGGGAGACUCCGCGAACCUGCUGAGCCCUGGUGGCCCUGGCCCCCCUCCCCCCCUAAGCAGCCCAGGCCUGGGCAAAAAGCGCAAAGUGUCCUUGCUUUUCGACCACCUGGAGACCGAGGAGCUGGCAGAGCACCUCACUUACCUGGAGUUCCGGUCCUUCCAGGCUAUCACGCCCCAGGACCUGCGGGGCUACGUUUUGCAGGGCUCCGUGCGGGGCUGCCCGGCCCUGGAGGGAUCCGUAGGUCUCAGCAACAGCGUGUCCCGCUGGGUGCAGGUCAUGGUGCUGAGCCGCCCCGGGCCUGCACAGCGCGGGCAGGUGCUGGACAAGUUCAUCCACGUGGCACAGAGGCUCCUCCAGCUGCAGAAUUUCAACACGCUGAUGGCAGUCACUGGGGGCCUGUGUCAUAGCGCCAUCUCCAGACUCAAGGACUCCCACACCCACCUGAGCCCUGACAGCACCAAGGCCCUGCUGGAGCUGACUGAGCUCCUUGCUGCUCACAACAACUACGCCUGUUACCGCCGCACCUGGGCUGGCUGCACCGGCUUCCGGCUGCCUGUACUGGGUGUGCAUCUCAAGGAUCUGGUGUCCCUGCACGAGGCACAGCCUGACAGGUUGCCUGACGGCCGCCUGCACCUACCCAAGCUCAACAGCCUCUACCUGCGGCUGCAGGAGCUGGCAGCCCUCCAGAGGCAACACCCCCCCUGCAGUGCCAAGGAGGACCUACUGCAUCUGCUCACGCUUUCCCUGGAUCUCUUCUACACGGAGGACGAGAUCUAUGAGCUUUCUUAUGCCCGGGAGCCCCGCUGUCCCAAGAGUCUGCCACCCUCCCCCUUCCAGGUGCCCCUGGUGGUGCAGUGGGCCCCUGGCGUGACGCCCAAGCCCGACAGGGUCACGCUGGGUCGGCACGUGGAGCAGCUGGUGGAGUCUGUGUUCAAGAACUAUGACCCCGAAGGCCGAGGCACCAUCUCUCAGGAGGACUUUGAGCGACUCUCAGGCAACUUCCCCUUCGCCUGCCACGGGCUUCACCCACCCCCCCGCCAGGGGAGUGGCUCCUUCAGCCGAGAGGAGCUGACAGGGUACCUGCUCCAGGCCAGCGCCAUCUGCUCCAAGCUGGGCCUGACCUUCCUGCACACCUUCCAGGAGGUCACCUUCCGCAAGCCCACCUUCUGUGGCAUCUGCAGCGGCUUCCUUUGGGGUGUCACCAAGCAAGGCUACCGCUGUCAGGACUGUGGGCUGUGUUGCCACAAACACUGCAGAGACCAAGUGAAGGUGGAGUGUAAGAAGAGGCCAGGGGCCAAGGGCGACGUGAGCCCCCCAGAAGCCCCUGUCCCACCCACACCAGUUCCCCAUGCCGGCUGUGGCUCCGAGGACAAUCUCUCCUACACGCUAUCCCUGGAACCUGAGACUGGGUGGCACGUUUGCCAUGCCUGGACCCAGACAGAACCCUCACAUCCCUCCUGGGAACCAGAGACGGUCCCUCUGCCAGCGACGGCCCCAUCACCCACCCGGUCCUCCAAGCUGAGUUCCUAGACGUUGCCUUGGUCUGCUCUCUCCCCACUCCCUCCACCAGAGUCAGUCUCGAGUCCUAUUAUUCGGCCUCCAGGCCUCCAGCAGAACCCCCCAAAGGCAUCGCCUCCUUCCCAUCCACACUGCCUUUGUUGAAGCAUCCGUCAUCUCUUACUCCGAAAGAAAGUUACUUUCUUCUUUUGCAUCAGAGUGGCUAUUAAUCGUACUCCCUUUUCUUGCAUUUAAUAUCUGUGCAGCUCUGUGUUGGAUACAUUUAGACCUAGGCAUCAUCUCGCCACCUCCUUAAAUCUCCAUUUUACAGAUGAGGAAACAGGCUCAGUGAAGUUAAACUGCUCACCCAAGGUGGCAGAACUCCUAAGUGCUGGAGACAGGACUCACACCCAGGUUUGCCUGCCUCUAAAAUGGAAGCUACUGACCAAUAUGCUACGCUGAUGUCAGCAUGGGUCAGGAGGGGGAUGGUACAGGGUGGGUAAAGUUCCAAACUCUGGAGUUCCAGAGAUGGGAGAGAAGGCCAGAGAAAGGGUGGAACAGGGAGGUAGCCUGUGAACACCUGAGUCCAAUCACAUCCCUCCUCUGCUCAGAGCCCUCCCAUGGCUUCAUCUCACUCAGGGGAAAAGCCAGCGUUCUCACUGUGGCCCACCCCUCAUGGUCUGCCCCCAUCACCUCUCCCACCUCCCCUCUCACCACUCACCCCCUCACUCAUCCUGCUUCAGCUACACUGGCCUCCGAUGGUCCCUGAUCAUGCCCCAAAAUACUCCUACCUCAGGGCCUUUGCACUGGACACUCCCUCUGUCAGGAAGGGAAGGCUCUUCCCCAGAGGUCCACAUGGCUCCCUCUUUGGGACUUAGCUCAAGUACCCACCUUCUCAGAGAGGCCUCCCCUGAUCAGGCAUAAAGUUGCAAUCCCGCCAUGGUCCCAAUCCUGCCUUCUUGCUUUAUUUCUCUCCAAAGCCCUUUCCCCAUCUGACAAACUAAACUUUCUCGUCUGCCCUUCCUCACCAGAAAGGUCAGCUCCGGGAGACCAGCGGUUAUUAUUAUCUGUAACCCCAAUGCCUAGCACAUGGCUGGCACAUGGUGGGCACCUGACAGAUGUUUGCCCGAUGCCUGCAUGUCUCCUCCCCCAUGCCCACUGGGAGGGAAAGAUGUUGCUGAAGAGCAAAGGGCUUUAAAGGUCAGAGCAGCAGGGGCCUGUUCAGACCCAGGGGACAGAGACCCCCUACCUUUCCUCAAACCUGAGCACCCCUGACCUGGCCCCCACAGAGAUAGGUCCUAGGGCUGUCAUAAAUUAAAUUUAGGACUUCCCUGGUGGCGCAUUGGUUAAGAAUCCGCCUGCCAAUGCAGGGGACACAGGUUCGAUCCCUGGUCUGGGAAGAUCCCACAGGCCGCGGGAGCAACUAAGCCUGUGUGCCACAACUACUGAGCCUGCACUCUAGAGCCCACGAGCCACAACUACUGGGCCCGAGUGCCACAACUACUGAAGCCCGUGCACCUAGAGCCCAUGCUCUGCAAUAAGAGAAGCCACCGCAGUGAGAAGGCCACGUGCAGCAACGGAGACCUA